AUGGCCGGGAAGGAUGAGCAAGGGUUUCUAAAUAAAAUUAAAAAUUGGGACGAUCAAGAUGUCUCUACCUUUCUAAGCGACUACAAUUGCUCUGUAUACGUACAGCUAUUCAGAGAAAACGAUAUACGCGGUGAAAACAUUCUCGACGUCGAUCAGUCCGCGUUGAAGGAAAUGGGAAUUCCGAGCGUUGCCGAUAGAGUGCGUAUAUCGGUAGCAAUCAGUAGCCUACGUUACAGAUGCCUCAACGAGUUGGUUCAGCUCGAUGAUAAGAAAUCAUCCAGUGUCGAGGAUAGCAUAAGCAGGAGUAUGAGUUUGAACAUGACCAUGUCCAAGCGCAAACCUGCACCUAUUCGUCCAUCCCAGGCCAGGCCACCGCCUCUUGUCCUCGACCACGCUCAACAGCAGCACAAGAACGAUAUUGCGUACCAGCCUCAGAAGGACAAGAGCACAAAGUCAACACUCGCCUCACUCGGUGUACCUGGCUUAAAGAGACCGCGUGGUAACUCAAACCCACAUAGAGUUCCUUCCAAUAAGGAGCUCUACACCACAGCUCCACUUCCAAAUCCACCCAGCUCAUCCCGCAAGAAUCUACUCAAUCUCUCUUCUGGCUCCCUCAGGCGUCCUUCCACUAGCAAUGUCGUCUCGAGGAAGCAGUUCUCUGCACAUGGUAUUCGUCCUAACACGGCUAAUCCUGCUCUCCAUCCUUAUGCCAAGCCACAGGUCUCUCCCACUGAGUCUGUUCGUGAAGAGAUGUUCGAAAACGGCUAUAGAAUAGGCGCUGGUCCUUAUCAGUCUCACAAUAACUCCAAGUUGUCCUUGACAGACGUUCGGAGAAAAUGUGUCAAGUUCAUCACCGCUGCAGACGGUUUCACGAGAACUGUCGACGUGUCUGAGUGCGAGAAAGCUGACGAUGUUCUUGCAAGAGUGUUGAAAAAGUUUGGCAAAAUUAAUUACCUCUCCAAAAACCAGAGUGGUGCAAUAGAAGACAAUGACAGGACGUACUUUGUAUACCAAGGCUGGGGAGUGUUUAGGUGCGUAGACGGACAGAUUUACGGAUACCCACUCAGCGAUAAUGAGAUCAUCGCUGUAUGUCAAUCCCCUCCGGACGAUCCGCAGCGUGAGCGUGGACUGUAUAUCCAGCGCACUGAAAAUUGGCAGCUACCUAAAUCCAAAUCCAAGAAAAAGUUCGAAGCCUUCUUCACCGAUAAGACACCACAGAAGAAGUCAUCCAAGCAGUCAAUGCAUAAGCAAUCAUCAGAGUCGCUCAGGAUGAGAAGGAGAACAAACAGAGCAAGUAUGAUGAGCGUCAUGUCUGGUCUUGGUGCUGUACCAGAACACGAUGAGCCACAACUAUACGAAUCAGCAGCACAGCUCCCGUCCGUAAAUCAAGCUGACAGAGUAGCCAAUCCACGUGGUAGACUACAGAAUUUCCAUGGGCAGAGGCCACCAUCUGAGCUGAUAUCGACUCACUUGGCAGAUUUCUUCCCUACAGCGGACAUUAAAUCGAUACACAAAACAGCACGCAACUCGCGAAUAAACAGACGAGACGGGAACUCUGUUAGCUCAACUAAACCUAUAUGGGAGAGUGAACCGAUGCCAGAGCUGCCAGCACCGCCGUCCAAGUACAUGGACAGCAAGUACAAGAUACCGCAGAAGGAGCCGCCAAAGCAUGAUAUUCCUCCUGUGCCGGGUGAACCACCGAUGCUACCGCCUGUCAAUGUCGAGCCACUUGACUGGUCUGAGACCCGAAGCAUGGGAUCAUUGCAGCCAACACUUGGUAGUCGAAUGUCGCGCAGUCGCAAUGCGAGCAUGAACGACGACACGUCGUCUGUCCUCACUAUGGACCAGGUCGUCCAGGAGGUGGAGAAUCGAGUUUCGCAGGACGAAUACCGCGACGGCAGCAUACACGAAGAUGGUGAGGAUGGCGAUGCAAGUGAGCAUGUCGCUUCACCGGCCUCUUCGCAGAUAUCACCACACCAGCAACCACUCCCAAUGAACACGGAGCACUUCGAGCUUUCUCCGACAUCCCAAUACCUCAGACCAGCGUUCUCGCAGCGUUCGCCUACCUCGCCCACUUCACUCUCACCUACUUCACAAUACCUAAAACCGACGGUUUCACGACGCUCGCUCACUUCCCCUGCUUCUCUCUCACCUCGCUCGCCUUACUCUAAGGACUCGCAAGUCUCGCCCGCGCCCUCAUCGCGCUCACUAGCCUCGGGUGCCUCUGAGCAGACGGACGCCGUAUCGCAAUCGCAGUCAAUCACGCGAUCACAAUCACAAUCACAAUCAUACUCUGAUUCACGACCAGCGUCACCGCUCGAGCCACCAUCGGCAAUUGGGGAUAACUUCCUGCGCAGGCCAUCCGUCGGACUGGGUGCGGAGGGAGAUGAGAAUGAGCAGGACCAGUCAUUAGUGACUACGGACGAAGAUGAAGACGAUAGCGGUGGACAUGGAGAGCGAAAACCCAUCAAGUGGCAUAAAGGUGCGCUCAUCGGCAGUGGAUCGUUCGGUAGUGUCUUCCUCGGUAUGAAUAAGUCGACCGGUCUACUCAUGGCUGUCAAGCAGGUCGAUCUUCCUGCUGGAAAUGGAAAUGGAAGUGGCGAUGGUGAGGGCAGCGUGUAUGUCGAGCCGCGCAAGAAAUCCAUGCUCGAUGCUCUCGAACGUGAAAUCGAACUGUUGAAGGUGCUCAAGCAUAGCAAUAUCGUGCAGUACUUAGACUCGUCCCUCGAUGAGAGCUGUCUGAAUAUCUUCUUGGAGUACGUACCAGGCGGGAGUGUUGCAGCGCUCCUGCAGAACUACGGCGCUUUUGAAGAAGAGCUCGUGCGCAACUUUGUCAAACAAAUCUUGACAGGAUUGAACUACCUUCACACGAAAGGCAUCAUACAUCGUGAUAUAAAAGGAGCUAAUAUCCUCGUCGACAAUAAGGGCGGAGUAAAGAUAUCGGAUUUUGGAAUUUCCAAGAAAAAGGUAACGGAUAAUUUAUUCGGAGUUAACAAAAAAGUUAGACAGAGUUUACAAGGAUCUGUCUUUUGGAUGGCGCCUGAAGUAGUGAAGCAAGAACCAUAUACUCGCAAAGCUGAUAUAUGGUCACUUGGUUGUCUCAUAGUCGAGAUGCUUACGGGGGAGCACCCCUUCCCUACACUCAAUCAAAUGCAGGCUAUUUUUAAAAUCGGUAGUUCAGCUUCACCUACCAUUCCAGACGAUAUUAGCGACGACGCUAAGGAUUUCUUGAGACAGACUUUCGAAACUGACCACGCUGCUAGACCUUCAGCAGCGGUUUUGGAGCGCAGUGCCUUUAUCAUGCAGAUAACUGGAGAGAACAAUGGUAGUGGUGAUGGACAAGGACAGUCAAGCAAGGAUGCACUCGUGUAUGCAGAGGAUGUAACGAGCAGUUAUGUGGAACAAGUGUCCGAGGUGUAA